ACGUGAGACCUCUUGGUCACGAACAUCUGCGUCUUGCGCUCCCAAAUCACUCAAUGAAUGUGAAUGUGAGUGAUCGAGCGGGACGGCAAAAGUACAAAAGGCGUCUCUUUCGCUACCGGAAUUCUUUUCCACAUCCUCACUCAACUUCAUCGUCUCUGCACUGAAAGGAAUCUUCUACUCAUUCGCAUCUCCAGCAACUGUCACAGGAAACGCGAGCGAGCAAGGCAUCACUUUCAUAGAUCUACAACAUUACCAACGGCGCACUUCAGCACCUCAUACACCAGCAUAGCAAGUCAUGUCUUACUAUUCCAACGGACCAUCAAUGCCCGUUGCCGAUACCUCGGCGGCAUACGGUCAAGGAAACAAUGGGCAAGGCGGAUACCCACCCGCCGGUGGCUUCGGCGGCUAUCCCGACUCUCAGCCCAAUUAUGGUGGUGCUCCACACGAGCAAUCAGGCUAUGGUUAUCCCUCUUCAUCCGGUGCACCUAGCGGCUAUCCCUCAUCCCCAUAUGGACAGCCAGAGCAGCAGAGCAGAGGCCACGCAAGCGAUUACUACUCUUCGGUUCCCGCACAUGGACAGCCACCUCACCAGCAGCAGUACGGUCAACAGCCUGGAGCGGGACAGGAGGGUCAAGUGCAGUACGAUGAACGCGGCAACCCACUGCCUCCCGGAGAAAGAGGCAUCGGCACCAUGGCAAUGGGCGGUGCCGCAGGUUUUGCAGGCACGAAGUUGCUUGGCGGUGGCAGUGGUUUGAAGGGAGCCGUUGGUGGCGCACUUGCUGCGCAAGGUGUGAAGAUGCUUCUGGACAGGAAGGAAAAGGAUCAUCGUGAGUCGCGGUCUUGGGGAACACAACAAGGUGGAAAAGCAUGUGGCUCGAAGCUGUUUGGCAUUUCUCGGCAUGCUGACUCAUCUCACCCACAUCUCAACACGAUCGUAGAUAAACAUCAUCGCCAUGAGAAACAUCACCGCCACGAGAAACAUCAUCACCACGGUCACGGUAGCCAGGGCGGACUCGGUGGCCAGUUGGGAAACUUCCUCGGCUAGCGCUUACACGCGAAGCUCCUUUAGA